AUGUCUAAAGCGUCCUAUAUUCAUUUCACAGCACCAGAAUCUUACCAAUUCAUCAUACCAUGCAUCAUCGAAAGUCGUUUAUGGAGAUCAGACGUAUUUACUCUGAUCGAUCUGUAUAACUCACGGCACCCUAAGAACACAACUGGAAAUGGGAGUGCCCUAGUCUCCACACAAUCUCCUAUUGCAGGUGUUAACCAUUCACCUCCUCACACCCCUCCGCAAGGUCCAGUUGCAGUUCCAGUCCCAGCGUGGGGUAGAGGCGGAGGGGCGGCAAAUCCACCAUCAACGGGUCCGUGGGCAAGAAGCGUCGUUGCUCCAACAGGUGCCCCGCUUCCGAGAGGCCGAGAGCGUGGAAAUCAAUCCCCUCAAUCCGGUUUGGGUCCAGGAGUAGGACGUGGAGCAGGUCGUGGCACUGGGCAAAGUAGAGGGGUCUGGUCUGGAAACGGAGCAACGAAGUGA